UUUUUUACAUUCAACAAUAUAUUUUUGGUUUAAUUAUAAAUUUUUUUUUUUAUAUUAUUGUGCUUAGUGUUGUUAUAAUAUUUAAAAUAAUCAAUACAUAAUUGAAUGUAGAAAAAAAAAGAAAAAAAAAAUCUAAUUUAUCGUUCAGAUAAUAAUUAUGAUAGUUAAAUAAAAAUAAUGUAAAUUGAUUAUUUAGUGUCCCAACAAUUUAUUUAUUGGAGCAACAGAUUAUUUUUUUUUCAAUUUAAAUUUGAAUAAUUUAUUGUUUUUUCCAAUUUUUAAAUAUUGCAAAAAAUUACAUUAAUAUUUAAAUUAUGAAUUUUAAUAUUUAUAUAUGAAAAAAAAAAAAUUAAAAAUAAUAAUAAAUUGUGAAUAUCAAUUAUUAGUAAUAAUAAAAUUGAUAAUUAAAUAAAAAAAAUAAAAAGCGCGUGGUGAUUUUCUGAUGUAGAUUUACAGUUGGCCGAUUAAUCUGAAAACACUGGCGCUAGUGUGUUUUGUCUUUUUGCCCGGGUCAUUCACUUUGGCCAGUGCCAAAAGUGGGUGGAAGGUGGGUGAUAGUGGUGUGUUGUGUGGGCCGAGGGGUGUGUGUUACUGAUGUGGGACACCUGUAAGCCAAACACACGAGCCUUGUCACCAGAUUCAAUUAUCAUUAACCCUCAAAAAUAAAAUAUAAUUAGAUUACUUGAACAUUUAUAUUUUUCUCAUUUAUUUUUUAUUUUUAUUAUCAUUAGAAUAUUUUUUUUAUUACGAAAUUUACGAUAGUGUACUUUAUAAAUAAAUAAAACAACAAAAUUUUAAUGGUUGGAUAGUAAAAUAAUUAUUAGCCUUCAAAUCUUACAAAUAUCAUGACUAUAACUUCUAAAUUUGAGGGUAAAAUUUUAUCUGUGUGUGGCAAGGCGAGGCUAGUGACAAUGACCGAAUAAGAAAAAUGAAAAAAAAAAAAUACAUUUGAAAAAAUAAUAAUAAUAUUUAGAGUGAAAAUUGAUUGUCUUUUUGUCGGUAACACAAGGUGAGCGGAAAUAUAACAAAAGAAAAUAAAAAAAUUAUUGGAUAAUACAAAAUAAAUAUAUACAGACAAAAUAGAAACAAAAAAAAUAAAUAUAUGUAAAAAUAAAUAAUAAAUGAUGAUUAGUGUUUGAAAUAAUCACAAGUAUUUAUUUGUUAAUGUCGAUUGAAAAUAUUUUUCCAUUUGGCAUGACGGCUAAAUCGGGAGGCAAGUGGGUGGUUUCAUUAAAUUUAGGUGUAGAUGGAAAAUAUGAAAAAUCAUCUGCAUAAAUAAUAAAAUAUAUUAGAUAAAAAUAACAAAAUGAUAAACGUUUAAAAUAAAAAAAAAAACAAACACGAAAUGAUAAUGAAAAAUAUUGAUAAAUAGUUGAGUUAAUUGUGGAAAUUAGUGAGGUGUUUUUUCGUUAUUUUUGGUGAUUGUGUGUAUAUGUGUAUUAUUGUGUUGAAGAAAAAAGAAAAUAAUAUUAUUUGAAUAUUUCAAUUGAAAAUUAAUAAGAAAUAAUAAUGUGGCGACUGGUUGAAGAAGGGAGAAUUGACAAAAUGAAAAAUAUUUGUAAAAAUACGAGAAACGUGUUUUUACUUGCUUCUCCUGGGUUACAACCAUGGACACUGAGCCUUGGCUUUACUCUAUUGCUUCUUGCAACUUUACCCUUAGAAAGCAAUUGUGGUGCACAUGAGAGACAAUUGUUGAAUGAUCUUUUGGCAAAAUACAAUACUCUUGAACGACCAGUUGCCAAUGAAAGUGAACCACUUGAGGUUAAAUUUGGCAUAACCCUUCAACAAAUAAUUGAUGUGGAUGAAAAAAAUCAAAUCCUCACAACGAACGCAUGGCUCAAAUUGGAAUGGACAGAUUACAAUCUCCAGUGGAACGAAAGUGACUACGGUGGUGUCAAAGGCCUCAGGAUAACACCAAAUAAGCUGUGGAAACCCGAUGUCCUCAUGUACAACAGUGCGGAAGAGGGUUUUGAUGGGACGUACCAGACAAACGUGGUGGUCACACAUAACGGAAAUUGCCUGUAUGUACCACCUGGGAUUUUUCGGAGUUCUUGCAAGAUGGAUAUAGCCUGGUUCCCCUUCGACGACCAACACUGUGACAUGAAGUUCGGAUCCUGGACCUACGACGGAUAUCAGCUUGAUCUCGUACUCAACUCAGAGGGAGGAGGUGACUUGUCUGAUUUCAUCACAAAUGGAGAAUGGGACCUCAUCGGAAUGCCAGGAAGAAAAAACACAAUAACAUAUCAAUGUUGUCCAGAGCCAUAUGUUGAUGUCACAUUUACAAUACACAUCCGCAGGCGGACGUUGUACUAUUUUUUCAAUCUCAUUGUACCAUGUGUACUCAUAUCAAGUAUGGCAUUACUUGGUUUCACUUUACCACCUGAUUCCGGAGAAAAACUCACUCUAGGAGUAACCAUUCUACUGUCGCUGACAGUCUUCUUGAACCUCGUUGCUGAGAGCAUGCCGACAACGUCGGACGCUGUUCCACUAAUAGGUACAUACUUCAACUGCAUUAUGUUCAUGGUGGCAAGUAGUGUGGUGCUGACUGUCCUCGUGCUCAAUUAUCAUCACAGAACCGCCGACAAUCACGAGAUGACACAAUGGAUAAAGACUGUACUACUUCAAUGGUUGCCAUGGGUAUUGCGUAUGAACAGACCAGGAAAAAAGAUAACAAGAAAAGGCAUCAAACUAAGCAAUAAAAUGCGAGAAAUGGAACGACAAAAUAAAUCAAGCAAGAGUCUUAUAGCAAAUGUCGUCGAUAUGAAUGAUGAUUAUAGAUUUUUAAAUCCUAUCACAAGUAUCGGAUCAGCACAUACACGAUCGGUAUGUGACACACCUGGUCGACCAGCGACAGUUGAAGAGACCACUGCGUCUUUACCAUUGAGUGGUACCCAAAGAGAAUUACAAACGAUUUUAAAAGAAUUACAAUUUAUAACAAAACGAAUGAAACGAGCUGAUGUUGAAGCUGAAGUUAUCAGUGAUUGGAAAUUUGCAGCUAUGGUUGUUGAUAGGCUUUGUUUGAUACUCUUCACAAUGUUUACGGUGAUUGCAACGAUAACAGUGUUACUAUCAGCGCCUCAUAUUAUCGUUCAGUAGUAAGCUGCCCAGGCCCAGCAAAUAAAUAUUUCCGACCUAAAUCACCUUUGAACACCAGACACGAGAGAACGAGUCGUAUGAGUCGAGAUAAAGUGGCUGUGAACUAUUGAAGUAGACGGAGUGGAAUAGUCCACACCACGAGGAAACAUAGGCAAUAAAAAAAAAAAAUAAAUAAAAUAGCUAAAGUGAAAAGUUUCGAGAAAGUUGAACAUUGCAGUUUUAAAAUAAAUGUACAAAACAAAUUGUACACUUUUCUAUGCCUUCAAAACCUCGUGGUACCUGCUCCAAUUUUAAAAUAAAAAAAUAAUAAAUAAAUAAAUAAAAAACGAAGAAAAAGAAAAUAAAUAAUAAAAGUUUAAAAAAAAAAAAAAAAAAAA